AGCCCGCGCUCUUUCCACUGAGCCACGCUGCUUCACAUAGGAACCACUUUGAGUAGUUGAUUUGAAGAUGUCCACUCCGGAUCCGCCCCUGGGAGGCACACCUCGACCAGGGCCUUCUCCAGGACCUGGCCCAUCUCCUGGUGCUAUGUUGGGCCCAAGUCCUGGCCCUUCCCCUGGCUCUGCACAUAGCAUGAUGGGACCCAGCCCUGGGCCACCUUCAGCAGGACACCCCAUACCUCCUCAGGGGCCUGGAGGCUACGCUCAAGACAACAUGCAUCAGAUGCAUAAGCCAAUGGAUUCCAUGCAUGAGAAAGGAAUGGCAGAUGAUCCUCGCUAUAACCAGAUGAAAGGGAUGGGAAUGAGAUCUGGAGGACAUUCGGGAAUGGGUCCUCCUCCAAGCCCGAUGGAUCAACAUUCUCAAGGUUACCCUUCUCCCCUCGGUGGCUCGGAGCACGCGUCCAGUCCGGUUCCAGCCAACGGCCCAUCCUCAGGUCCCCAGAUGGCAUCCGGCCCCGGCGGGGUUCCGUUAGAUGGUACCGACCCCCAGGCGUUAGGACAACAGAACCGGGGCCCAACUCCUUUCAACCAGAACCAGCUGCACCAGCUAAGAGCUCAAAUCAUGGCUUACAAGAUGCUGGCUAGAGGGCAGCCGUUACCCGACCAUCUGCAGAUGGCGGUCCAGGGGAAAAGACCGAUGCCUGGAAUGCAGCAGCAAAUGCCAACACUACCUCCACCUUCUGUGGCUGGCACCGGCCCAGGCCCAGGCCCUGGCCCUGGACAAGGCCCAGGCCCAGCACCUCCAAACUAUAGCAGACCUCAUGGUAUGGGAGGGCCCAACAUGCCCCCUCCUGGCCCCUCAGGAGUUCCCCCAGGAAUGCCUGGACAGCCUCCCGGUGGCCCCCCAAAGCCCUGGCCUGACGGACCCAUGGCAAAUGCUGCAGCACCCACUAGCACACCUCAGAAAUUGAUUCCCCCUCAACCAACGGGCCGUCCUUCACCAGCACCCCCUGCAGUGCCUCCUGCAGCGUCCCCCGUGAUGCCGCCCCAGACGCAGUCCCCCGGACAGCCAGCCCAGCCUGCUCCCAUGGUCCAGCUCCAUCAGAAACAGAAUCGAAUUACUCCCAUCCAGAAACCAAGAGGACUUGACCCUGUGGAAAUUUUACAGGAGCGAGAAUACAGGCUGCAGGCUCGCAUUGCCCAUCGAAUCCAAGAGCUUGAAAAUCUUCCUGGCUCCCUGGCUGGUGAUUUGAGAACCAAAGCUACCAUUGAACUCAAAGCACUCAGACUGCUUAACUUUCAAAGACAGCUGCGUCAGGAAGUCGUGGUGUGCAUGAGAAGAGAUACGGCCCUAGAAACAGCCCUGAAUGCCAAGGCGUAUAAACGCAGCAAGCGACAGUCCCUACGUGAGGCUCGGAUCACAGAGAAACUGGAGAAACAGCAAAAGAUUGAGCAAGAACGGAAACGCCGACAGAAGCACCAGGAAUACCUCAACAGCAUUCUUCAGCAUGCCAAGGACUUCAAAGAAUACCAUCGAUCGGUCACCGGCAAAAUUCAAAAACUUACAAAAGCAGUGGCUACUUACCAUGCCAACACAGAACGGGAGCAGAAGAAGGAAAACGAAAGAAUCGAAAAGGAAAGAAUGCGGAGGCUGAUGGCUGAAGAUGAAGAAGGAUACCGUAAGCUCAUCGAUCAGAAGAAAGAUAAGCGUUUGGCAUACCUGCUUCAGCAGACAGAUGAGUACGUGGCUAACCUCACCGAACUGGUCCGACAGCACAAGGCUGCUCAGGUUGCAAAGGAAAAAAAGAAGAAAAAGAAAAAGAAGAAGGCAGAGAAUGCAGAAGGGCAGACUCCUGCAAUUGGACCGGAUGGCGAGCCUCUAGACGAAACCAGCCAGAUGAGUGAUCUACCAGUUAAAGUGAUUCAUGUUGACAGUGGAAAGAUACUCACAGGUACAGAUGCCCCCAAAGCGGGGCAGCUGGAAGCCUGGCUGGAAAUGAAUCCAGGAUAUGAAGUGGCCCCAAGAUCGGACAGUGAGGAGAGUGGCUCGGAAGAAGAAGAGGAGGAAGAGGAGGAGGAACAGCCACAACCUGCUCAGCCUACUCUUCCGGUGGAUGAAAAGAAGAAGAUCCCGGAUCCCGAUAGUGAUGACGUCUCUGAAGUGGAUGCGAGACACAUCAUUGAAAACGCUAAGCAAGAUGUUGAUGAUGAGUAUGGCGUCUCCCAGGCUCUUGCCCGUGGUCUGCAGUCAUAUUAUGCUGUGGCCCAUGCCGUCACUGAAAGGGUGGACAAACAGUCCACACUUAUGGUCAACGGUGUUCUCAAACAGUACCAGAUUAAAGGUUUGGAGUGGCUGGUAUCGCUGUACAACAAUAACCUGAAUGGAAUUCUAGCCGACGAAAUGGGUCUGGGCAAAACUAUCCAGACUAUUGCUUUAAUUACAUACCUCAUGGAACAUAAGCGAAUCAAUGGACCUUUCCUCAUCAUCGUACCUCUCUCAACUCUAUCGAACUGGGCGUACGAAUUUGAUAAAUGGGCUCCUUCUGUGGUAAAAGUAUCAUACAAGGGCUCUCCGGCAGCAAGACGUGCCUUUGUACCUCAACUUCGAAGUGGAAAAUUUAAUGUCUUGCUCACUACAUAUGAGUACAUCAUUAAAGAUAAACAUAUUCUUGCCAAGAUUCGCUGGAAGUACAUGAUUGUAGAUGAAGGUCACAGGAUGAAGAAUCAUCAUUGUAAGCUAACCCAAGUCCUCAACACACACUACGUAGCUCCACGCCGUUUGCUGCUAACAGGCACUCCACUACAGAACAAGCUACCUGAACUGUGGGCCCUGCUCAAUUUCUUGCUGCCUACCAUCUUCAAGAGCUGCAGUACCUUCGAGCAGUGGUUUAACGCCCCUUUUGCCAUGACAGGGGAAAAGGUGGACCUGAAUGAAGAAGAAACUAUUCUAAUUAUCCGCCGUUUACACAAAGUUCUUCGCCCCUUCCUUCUCAGGAGAUUAAAGAAAGAAGUAGAAGCUCAAUUGCCUGAAAAGGUGGAAUAUGUGAUCAAGUGCGACAUGUCUGCGUUACAGCGAGUGCUCUACCGACAUAUGCAGGCCAAAGGAGUGCUGCUCACCGAUGGAUCCGAGAAAGAUAAGAAGGGCAAAGGAGGCACCAAGACCCUGAUGAACACUAUCAUGCAGCUGAGGAAGAUCUGUAACCACCCUUACAUGUUUCAGCACAUAGAGGAAUCGUUUUCCGAACACCUAGGGUUUACUGGAGGCAUUGUCCAAGGGCUUGAUUUAUACCGAGCCUCCGGCAAAUUCGAACUCUUGGACAGAAUUCUUCCCAAGCUACGUGCUACCAACCACAAAGUCCUCCUGUUCUGUCAGAUGACCUCCCUCAUGACUAUCAUGGAAGAUUAUUUUGCAUAUCGUGGCUUCAAAUACCUCAGGCUCGAUGGAACCACUAAAGCUGAAGAUCGUGGCAUGUUGCUAAAAACCUUCAAUGAGCCAGGCUCUGAAUAUUUCAUUUUUCUGCUGAGCACUCGGGCUGGGGGGCUGGGGCUGAACCUUCAGUCCGCUGAUACUGUGAUCAUUUUUGACAGUGACUGGAAUCCUCACCAGGACUUGCAAGCCCAGGACCGAGCCCAUCGUAUUGGGCAGCAGAACGAGGUACGUGUCCUCCGUCUCUGCACGGUCAAUAGUGUGGAAGAGAAGAUCCUAGCAGCAGCCAAGUACAAGCUGAACGUUGAUCAGAAAGUGAUCCAGGCUGGUAUGUUUGACCAGAAGUCCUCCAGCCACGAAAGAAGAGCUUUCCUGCAAGCGAUUCUAGAGCACGAGGAGCAGGAUGAGAGCAGACACAGCACGGGCAGCGGCAGUGCAAGCUUCGCCCACACUGCCCCUCCGCCAAUGUGCCUCAACCCCGACUUGGAGGAACCACCUCUAAAGGAAGAAGACGAGGUUCCCGAUGAUGAAACGGUUAACCAGAUGAUUGCGCGACACGAAGAGGAGUUUGACCUUUUCAUGCGCAUGGAUCUGGACCGCAGACGGGAGGAAGCCCGCAAUCCCAAAAGAAAGCCACGCCUGAUGGAGGAAGAUGAGCUUCCUUCUUGGAUUAUUAAGGAUGAUGCUGAAGUGGAGAGGCUGACCUGUGAAGAGGAGGAAGAAAAAAUGUUUGGCCGCGGUUCCCGCCAUCGUAAAGAAGUGGACUACAGCGACUCCCUGACUGAGAAGCAGUGGCUCAAGGCAAUAGAAGAAGGCACACUGGAGGAAAUAGAGGAGGAGGUUCGUCAAAAGAAAUCAUCCCGUAAGCGCAAACGCGACAGCGACACUGGUUCAUCUACUCCAACUACCAGCACCCGCAGCCGGGAUAAAGAUGACGAUAGCAAAAAGCAAAAGAAACGAGGCAGGCCUCCUGCUGAAAAACUUUCUCCUAACCCACCAAACCUCACCAAAAAGAUGAAGAAGAUAGUCGAUGCUGUGAUCAAAUAUAAAGACAGUAGUAGUGGACGCCAACUAAGCGAGGUAUUCAUCCAGCUUCCUUCUCGCAAAGAACUGCCAGAGUACUACGAGCUCAUCCGCAAGCCAGUGGACUUUAAGAAAAUAAAGGAACGGAUCCGCAACCACAAGUACCGUAGCCUGAAUGACCUGGAGAAGGAUGUGAUGCUCCUCUGUCAGAAUGCGCAAACAUUUAAUUUGGAGGGCUCCUUGAUCUACGAAGACUCAAUUGUCCUGCAGUCUGUUUUCACCAGUGUGAGACAGAAAAUUGAAAAGGAAGACGACAGUGAGGGGGAAGAAAGUGAAGAGGAGGAAGAAGGAGAAGAAGAAGGAUCUGAAUCUGAGUCUCGCUCUGUCAAAGUGAAGAUCAAAUUAGGCAGGAAGGAGAAAGCACAAGACCGGCUGAAGGGGCGAAGACGCACUAGCCGGGGAUCUCGGGCCAAACCAGUAGUGAGUGAUGAUGACAGCGAAGAAGAGCAAGAGGAGGAUCGCUCAGGAAGUGGCAGUGAGGAAGAUUAAGCAACAUUCCAUGAUGUAGACAACGAGCCCAUCUUUCCAAAGUGGAGAUGCUGUAUUCCUUUUAGCUGUAACGGGUAGCAACAAAUAUAGUAUCAGAUUUCAGUAAACUGUAUAAAAAUCUUCCAUAUUUAUACUAUAUUGCAAAGAAGAUGUGGGACUGUUUGUGUCUUGCUCUGUCCUGACAUCAGUAGAGUUUGUAACAGCAUUAAUGAAUUAUGAAUUGGGGAACACUUGAUCUAUUUUUUUUUUUCUUUCUAUGGCAGUACUGUUUCAUUUGCAGUAUUGAAUCACUGUAGUUUAAAUUGUGGAUGCAUGUGUGUAGCAGUCCACUACUAGUACUGUAUUUUAUCCAACAGGUCAAAUAACCACCAGUCGCUUUCUGUCCUCGAAGGACAGUGGCGCUGGUGACUGUGUGUGUGUCAAUGUCACUGGAUUUCAAACAGUAAUAAAUUAAACAAAAAUACUUCCUUUGUG